AUGCCAAGGGGUCAUAAGAAGAAGAAACGGCACAAUACCCGAGAUGACUCCCAGGGUCACAGUGCAACACAGGAUCAUUCUCUCUGCUCAUCCACUCCUGUGCUUGAGGAUACUUCUAAGAACUUAGUGGGAAUGAAGGAUCUCUGCUUAUCCACUCCCAUGCAUGAGGUUACUCCCAAGAACUCAUCUGCUUCUGAGUCACGUAGUACCUCCCAGGAGCCUCGCAGUGUCCCAUCUACAAUCACUACUUCUGAAGAUGCUGCUGCCACGAGAUGUCAUGAAGGGGAUAACAGAUUUGAAGAGGAAAAGUUUGGCUACUCAACUUACCUAUCUUCUACUGAGAAUCUAUGCAGUGAGUGUCUAGCUAAGAUUGUUACCUUUGUGGAGCAGUUCCUACUGUACAAAUUUAAAGCGAAACAACUCAUUACCAAGGAAGACUUGCUAGAUGUUAUUGGCCCAAGACACAAAGACAAAUUUCCUGAGAUCCUCAAGAGAGCUUCUGACAGAAUUGAGGUUGUGUUUGCAGCUGAAGUGAAAGAAAUUGAUUCUACUAAACACUUAUAUAACCUUGUCAGCCAGCUGAAACUCCCCAACAAUGGGAGAGUUUGUCCUGGCAAGGGUUUACCCAAGACUGGUCUCCUCAUGACUCUCCUGGGCAUGAUCUUUAUGAAUGGUAACUCUGCUACUGAGGAAGAAAUCUGGGCAUUCACAGAGAUUAUGGGAGUAUAUCCUGGAAGGAAGCACUACAUCUUUAGAGAGCCCAAGAAGCUCAUCAAAAAAGAUUUCGUGAGGUUGAAGUACCUGGAGUAUCGGCAGGUGUCCAACAGUGACCCUCCACAGUAUGAAUUCCUAUGGGGUCCGAGAGCCUACAUUGAGACUGACAAGAUGAAAGUUCUAGAAUUUAUAGCCAAAGCAAAUAAUGCUGAACCUAGUGAUUUCUCAGAACAUUAUGAAGAAGCUUUGAGAGAGCAGGCCCAGAAGGCACAAGAAAAAUGUAGCCAGUCCUGGCCGUACUACAAUCACCAGAACAGAUCCAUGUUCAUCUCCACUAGGUUCUUAUACCCCAAUAAAAUCUGA